UCUCUCCACGAGGGGAUUUACUAUUCUCGCACUCCAACCGCCUGGAGAUCCAUCGAGUCCCUUUUGCACAAUGGCUUCCUCGAUAUCCAAGGGGCCGAUUUUCUCAGCGGUUCGAUCCCACACCACCGUUCUUCCUUGGUACGCUACAAUCGGUUCAUCCCAAUGUCGACAAUUUUCUGUAUCACUCCAGCGCAGUGUGCUGCGGGGCAUGCCGGAGAACAUUUCAGUCAAACAGCCUGCGCAGCCGAGUAUGAGGACUAGGGGUCGAGAGCUAUCGCGCGCGGAGUUGCCACAGGAUAUUGGACUACUACCCGGGACGUUUAUUCGACCAUUAUGGAGAGACAUGCCCUCGAUCUUUCAGCAGCCUGCGGAACGACUAAAGUUGGAAUGGCUUUGGGUGAAGACAGGAUUUCAGAAUUUCCUUGGUCUUCUUGCCUAUAGCAAAUGGCUCAAUAAGGGACUGCCACUUCGAUUGAAAGAACGCCGACAAGUAGCGCGCGACUUCCAUCAGAUGAUGUAUUCCGCUUUCGCAGCUGGAGAUACCGCGACUCUUCGCAAGAUCUGCUGCACCGGUCUCGCAAACGACCUCGGCUCCCGCAUCGCCAGUCGUCCCCGAGGCGAGCAAGUCAUUUGGUCCUUGGAUAAAUACAUCCGCUCCCCUUCGACCUUCUGCACAGGAAUCCGGGUCGUCUCCGACCGCGCCACUCAAAUUCCCGAACUCCCCGACUCCGGCGUCCGACAGGUCGUGCUGCGCAUCACCAGCCGCCAGUCAACGGGAAAAGUGCAACUCCCCGCCGGAAAACCCGGCCAAUGGGUAGACCUGGAAGGUGCCAAGCCUCCUACUCUAAAGCACCAAGAUUGCACCGAGUACAUUGUUCUCCAGAAACUUCGAUGGACUGGCCAAGAGGACCCAUGGCGCAUCUGGGGCCACACCAAGCCCACUACCGUGGAUGAUCUCGACAGCCCUUUCUUUGCCUCGGGACUCACUCUUGGUGAGCGCAUGGAGGCCAUGAAGGAGAUGAUGGAGGGAAAGAAAUAAGGCUUGGAAAGAAAACACGCCAAUCAACUCGCUCCAAGAGAGAGAUAUGAUAUGUCCAGGCCAUAUAUGCUACAUAAAUGCCUAUAUUAUUCGGAUGUCUCUCUCUGCCGCCUUAUAACGGCAACCUCGACUCUCAACCGGUACUAAGGCAAAACCCCAAAACUUGAAGCGCCAAAUCUCUCUCUCUCGUCACAUGUACUAUAUUUAUCCGACCAUCUUCCUCGUUCCUCCUCCUUUCUCUUUUGAAUCUGUAAUUACUUAUCACGUUUGUCAAGUUUAGCCCAUAGAACUGGAGGGUGUACCAUCAUGAAAAGCAUCAAUCAAGUUCAAACUGAUCAUAUCAU